GAUCCUGACUUCCCGGUGUUCUGUCCUGUCAGCCAAUUGGCGCUUAGGCACAGCUGAUUUAGCCUUCCAUUUCGGGGCAAUUUGAAUUUGUUAUUUUCAGGCUUAUUCGUUGGUGUCGGCAAUAUGAUGUCAGCUUUUUCCACCGAGCCAUUGGGUGCUGAACCAAUGACCCUAGGUUCUCCAACUUCUCCAAAACCUGGUGCCGGUGCUCAGUUUCUUCCUGGUUUCUUAAUGGGAGAUAUGCCAACGCCUGUCACGCCACAAGCCCGUCCAUCAGUGGGGAUAAUGGAAAUUCGUUCUCCUGUGUUAUCUGGUGGAUCCCCUCCUCACCCUGUAGUUCCCAGUCACAAGGAUAAGAGUGGUGCUCCUCCUGUUAGAAGUAUUUAUGAUGAUAUUCUGAGUCCAGGUCUUGGUUCGACCCCUUUAAAUGCAAGAAAACCGGUCCCUCUUACAGCCAUGCAUACGCCUAUGUCAGGGGCUAUGCCAUCAACUCCAAUGGCAGCAUCAAGUGUGUUCAGCCCAGCUACUAUUGGCCAAAGCAGAAAAUCCACACUUUCUCCAGCCCAGUUGGACCCCUUUUAUACACAAGGAGAUGCAUUAACUUCAGACGAUCAGCUUGAUGAUUCAUGGGUGACUUUAUUUGGGUUCCCUCAAGCCUCUGCUUCUUAUAUUUUACUCCAGUUUUCCCAAUAUGGAAAUAUAAUAAAGCAUGUGAUGUCAAACACUGGAAACUGGAUGCACAUUCAAUAUCAGUCUAAAUUACAAGCUAGGAAGGCGUUAAGUAAAGAUGGAAGGAUCUUUGGUGAAUGCAUAAUGAUUGGAGUGAAACCAUGCAUUGAUAAGAGCAUAAUGGAAAGCAAUGACAAAGCAGCUGUAACUUCUGUAUCGUCUGUGUUCACACCACCAGUUAAAACCAUAGGAACUCCUACACAGCUUGCUGGUACACCCAGGGCUACCAACAUGCGACCUCUUGCUGCAACUUAUAAAUCACCAACUAGUGAAUACCAGGUUGUAGCAGAUAAACAGACUCCUCGAAAGGAUGAGGGUAUUGUUUCAAAAGCAAUGGAAUACAUGUUUGGAUGGUAGCAGGCUGAUUGUUAGUCGAUUAAAUAUAAUGAAUUGUCAAGUCGUACAAGUCUGCCAUAUUUUUGGUUAGUUUUAUAACCAUAAAUGGCCAAUAUCUAAUUACAGAUCAUGUACCAGCUGAUUGAUGUGACUUAAAAAGUAAGGACAGUUUCUGACAAGUUUUUAAAAGGUGUUUUUUGUUUUUUCUCCUUUCUCAAAAAGCUACAAUUUAUUUUUUCUUAUUACUUGGAGAAUAAAUAUAAUUCACAAUGCCUUAAUUUGAACAGGUCAUAAUCACCUCUGGUGAAUAAUCAAAAUGAUCCAUAUUUACACAAAAACGUUUCCUGAUGAGAUAUGGGCAAUAUGACAUUUUGUUCUCUAGCAUCCUUUUUCUAUGUGUAAUAAUGUGCUGCUCCUUAAACCUAAAACGUUGUUUUCCGGUUUGUGUUUUUUUUGUGUUUAAAGAGUACUGUCAAUUCAAAUUACUUCUUAGUUUUAAAGUUUUGUAAAGUGUAUGUCUGCCAAUUUGUGAAAUGUUCAACUGACGUGCAUUUUUUUACUGUUUUUAUGCUCGUUUCAAAUAAACAUUAUACAUUUUGUUAUCAUGACAGUCAAGCUUCCGUAUAAAAAUGUCUUCUAUCUUUAGCCGUUGCCAUUUGCUCACUUUUUUUUGCAUUUUAUACCUUCUGUAGCUAUGUUGUUAGUAAGAGGUGAUUAAAUAAUUAACUAUUAAGUGCUAUCUAGUAGCACAACAUGAAAACAUUUUGUUCUAUAUAUGAUAGAAAUGAUAUUGCUGCUAAAAGUGUGAAUAUGUACAACUGUAUGUUAAAUUUGCCUUCACUUGAUCAUUGGUGUUGCCAAAAAUACACUAAUGUAUCACAUAUGUUGGAAACCAUCUUUGCAUCAUCCUCAGAAGACUGAGAACCUUUAAUUAAACUUGUUAUUGUAGCUGUUUAAUCUUUUAGGUAUGUAACUGGCUCCCUCGCCAAACAAAAAAGCAUAUUGCAAUAAAUACACUUAGAAAAACUUAAUGAAA